AUGGGAGGAUUUGGUGGAGGCUAUGGAGGAAUGGGUGGCAUGGGAGGAAUGGGCAAUGGUUAUGGCGGUUACGGUGGAAACCAAGCGUCCGUCAGUUUCGAGGGUAAGCGCAGCCUAACAGCUCCCAUUACAGGCAUGGGAGGACAACCUGAUCAAUUCGGUGGAGGCAACUACGGCGGACAGCCUUAUAUGGGUGGAAUGAACGGAUUCCCAUAA